AGAGACUAUCGUUCAUAAUCGCCUGGCAACGAUUAAUGCAACCCAUAAGCACUGGAAUGAAGGGAUCCGUUCGGUGGGAUUUGAGAUGUCAUCGUCUUUGCCGAGUGCUUCGGCGUGCAUGCAUUUCCACUCACGAUUCUUUCCCGAUGGUACAGAAUGCAAGUCCACAAGUACCAGCUCACAGCGCUGCGAGACGGUCACUUUCGAAUUUGCCCGAGACUUCAGAAGCCUCCAACUUGAGCUCGUUAUGGCGCCACACGAAUCCCCACGCAACGGAUACGCCGUCGUGCAGACGCCACCUGCCUACGCCCACGAUGAGCCCAUGCUCAACAUCGAGGAUCGCUCGCUGAAGCCAACGUGGAUCGUGUAUUCCUCUGUCGGUAUUGCCAUGCUGGAGGCCUUCCACUACGGAUGGUCCAACUCUCAAGUCAACCUCAGCACCUUCAGCAACACGGACGAAUGCAACGCUCGACCAGUGGAGGAAGGCACUUGCCUCAUGUUCCCUGGCCACACUCACACGACGUGGACUCUGCUAGUGAACGCGUGGAUUGUGGGCGGAAUGUUUGGCAGUCUACUGUCAGGAUUCCCGUCGAACAAGUGGGGUCGUCGUACUACAUUACGCUUCAACGCGAUCAUUAUGGUACUGGGGUCAGUGAUCCAAGUGGUAGCAAACAACCCGACGUGGUUCUCUGCGGGUCGCUUCGUGACGGGUGUGGCUAACGGUGUAGCUAUGGCUGUAGUCAACACGUUCCUGAACGAGAUCUCUACGCCUCACAACCGUCACGCUCUUGGAACGAACACGCACUUAGCUGCAACGCUAGGUAUCUUCGGUGUAGCCACCACGUUCUGGUACUGGAACACUACCUCUGGUUUCCGAUGGAUCGCUGGAAUGCCAAUAGUCUUCGCUGCUGGAUUCGUAGUUAUGUCGUUCUUCUUCAUGGUCGAGAGUCCCGUGUGGCUCGUUGCGAACGGUAAAGACGAAGAAGCCGAGAAAGAACUGGCGCGUCUGUACGGAAAACAGAACGUCAACGUCAUGAUGGGUUGGAUCCAAGCGAAUGAUCGUCGAUCCAAGCUGCCUUCGAUGCUGAGUGGCGUAUCGGAUAAGGUCCACACUGAGACGAACUGGACUAUUCUGACCAACAAGAAGUUCCGUAAACCGCUGGUCAUUGCACUGGGACUGACGUGCAUUAACCAGUUAGUGGGGAUCAACGCUGUCUUCUUCUACUCGUCGUCUAUUCUCAAAGACGCUGGUAUUUCGGACUCCCGUGUCGGACUUAUGAUCAUCGAUAUCUUGAACGUUGUACCCGUGCCGAUCGCUGCUGCCUUGACGAAGGUCAUGCGUAAACGUACGAUGUUGAUGUCGGGUAUCUUCGUGAUGGUCUUGUGCUGUAUCGGCAUGACGUUCUCGCUGGUUUACAGCGUGGGCUGGCUCUCCAUUGUCUUCCUCGGAGUGUUCGUGGUGGGCUACGACUUGAGUAUCGGUCCGCUGCUUUGGCCGAUUGUUGCGGAGCUCUUCGCAGACUCAGCUCGUGGCGCUGCUGUUGGUAUCUGUAUCACCAUGAAGUGGAUCUGCUCACUUAUUGUGGGUAUCGGCUUCCCGUACGUUGAGGAAGCGAUUACGAACUACAGCUUCACGCCGUUCCUGGGCACGACUAUUCUCUCUAUUAUCUUCAUCUACUUUAUGGUGCCGGAGACGUCGGACAAGACUAUUGCGGAGAUCCAAGACGGAUUCCGUAGCGACCACAGCGUGCAGUCGUCGAGCAAGAGUCAGAUCUAAGGAAGUAAUGAAUGUAUCAUGUUGUUGAUCUAUCUAACGUUUUCUAAUGUCGACUCGAG